CAGCUCUGUGGGCUCUCUUCUCAAGUUUUGACCAAUUCACACACUGACUGUGUGCUGUUCAUUUGACGUGGACAUCAUCUCGAAGAGGGGCUCAGGGUUUCAGCUCGCAUCAGAACAAAAAUAAAACAAAAUGCCUGGACCAGCAGCAAGCGCAACAAAUGUCGGGGCAUCUAGCCGUUCCCCCAGUAAGACAGUGGCUCCCCGUGCUGCAGGCGCUACUGUCAGACAGAGGAAAGCUACCAGCAGCGGCACACGCAGUGGUGGCAGGACCACAGGAUCAGCAGGUACUGGCGGCAUGUGGCGCUUCUACACGGAAGACUCGCCAGGCCUCAAAGUCGGCCCGGUGCCAGUGCUGGUGAUGAGUCUGCUCUUCAUCGCUUCCGUCUUCAUGCUGCACAUCUGGGGGAAGUACACCCGCUCUUAAAACUUGUCUGAUGACCUCUGACCCUGCGCCUCAGCUUCUUAACAUAUUGGACCUGGACCAAACAACAACACAACUUUACUCCCCUUUUUCCACCAUCAUGAUCACUACAACACACAGACACACAAAACGGAUAUUUUGUAUGUGACCGUUUCAGUACUUCGUCUGCAGUGAUGCUGGUGUCCACCUUGUUGCUUUUGUUCAUCCGUGUUUUUCAAGAUCUGGGCGGGAUGAACAGGAGGAGGCCGUGCUAGCUCACCUCACUUGUGAUGUCUGUGUGUGUACCUGGCCCUCCUUUUGAGCAGCAUGUUUACGCCACUGUUGCAUAAAGGUUUAGAGCCAUGUUCAAAGACAUUGUUGUUUUCAGGCCCCAGCAAACAUUUCUUAUCGCCUGAAUUGCAUUUUUUGUUAUCAGCAUUUGUACAAAUAUAAUUGUAAAAUUGUACAAUAAAAAAAGGAAAAACAA